CACUUCUCUUCUCAAGCUUCCAUUUUUAUGGUUGAUUUUGUCUCAAGAUUUGAUACGGGUCCGUUGUUUUGGACUAAUUCUAUCGAUUUUGCCAGAUUUGAGAUUGAGAGAUUUGGUGGAGGAGGAGGAGGAGGAUGACGACGAUAGGAGGGUUGUUAAUGGGAAUUGUAAGAUCAUUGAGAAGGAAGAGAGCUUCUUCACUUGAUAUACUGAGAGCUCCUCGAGACUUCUACAAGGGCAAAAACUGCAAACCCCAUGGUUUCCACACCAGAAAAGGAGGAUACGUUGUGCAGCAAGAUAAGUUGCCGAAUUACGUAGUCCCUGAUCUCACCGGCUUUAAGCUGAAACCAUAUGUAUCUCAGUGCCCUUUACAAGUCAACACAAACGAGUCAGCCGAAGCUUCCAAGUGAAAAUAGUCAGUCAGAAGAUAUAUGUUUUUAGGUCUUCUUCAUGUAGCUUCAUCAAGUUAAGAACUGUGUUCUACCAAAUUUGUCUUCUCAUACUUUAUCCUUAAUCCUCUUGUGCUAUUCUUAAAAUGGGAGAUUUGGUUUGAUAUUUUUCAUGAUAUGAUAAUACAAAUAUAGAAUUCCAAAAUAAUGAAGAACAUGAUUGUGGUGGAGUA